GCGCGAACGCAGAAAUAGUCGAGAAGUGCAACGCAAACAACGAAGGAAGGAAUUUGUUUGUAGCACUCAAUUUCUCGUGAAAGUCAUUAUUCACCCUAAGCAACAUGUUCUGCGAGGAUCAAAUAAUGUCAGUGGACGAUGCAACAGUAGAGAAAGGCGCCGGAAGCCUUAAUUCGUCCGGCUCCUCAAUUUCAAUAGAUGCCAAACCUUUGCUUAGCAGUUGGGCGCAAGAAGUAAUACGCGCAGAGCUUGGGAACAGCGAUGAGGCUUCUACAUCACUCAAUAGCAGCGCCGGCAGCACUACGGGACAGAACCAACAGAGUGUUUUUGUCAAGAAUGAACAAAUCGAAGUGAGCCAGAAAGAGACAUUAAUCAAACGUGAGAUCUCAUUCGAGUUCUUGGAUGGUGUCAAUGAGGAAAAGUUUGACCGUCUGGUCAAGGAAGAAAAAUUAAAGACGCCAUUCAAGAGGCGCCAUUCCCAGACACCGCCCAGCAACGAGAACAGUCGCAGUAACAGUCCGAACAACAGUUCCUUAUCAGCUAAUGAAGCCAAUGAUAAUGCAAAACCGAGCCAGAAACCACAAUUCAAGGCUCACAAGGAAGAGAAACGGGUACGUCACAAUAGCAACAACUCAUCAAAUUCCUCAUCUUCGUCGGCAUACGAGACCGAUCCAGCCGUCCUGUCGCGUCGCCAAAAACAGAUUGAUUAUGGCAAAAAUACUGCUGCCUAUGAAAGAUACACCGAAGCGGUGCCCAAGACUGAUCGUACACGGGACCAUCCACGCACACCUAAUAUAUAUGGCAAGUACAGCCGUCGGGCCUUUGAUGGCUUGGUGAAAAUUUGGCGUAAGCAGCUGCACGUCUACGAUCCGCCUACUGCAUCAGCUACUGAACGGGGUGCCAGUUCAGAUUCUGAUUCCGAUUAAAUGAUGGUGCAGGGCGGGGCAAUUUAAAGGGCGCUACUUAGUUUGAGUUAAAAAGAAUGGUACAAAAUAACAAGAGCAAAGUUAAAGGAAACUUGUAUUUUUCCUUUUAUUUAAAUAUUAUCUGUCUUUGUUAAUAAAAUGCAUUUACUAGCAA